GGCAGCGGCUCGAGUCCUUCGGCGGCGGCGGCAGCGAAGAGGAGGAGGAGGAGGAGGAGGAAGCAGGAGGAGGCUGGGGGCUGCCGAGUCGGCAGGGUGGGAGCCCGCUGGGGCGGCGGAGCCGCGCUAGGAGAGGCGCUGAGCCGGCGGCGAGCGCCCGGCGGGCGCUGAGGGGAGCGGCGGCUGUUGCUGCCCGGGCGGGCUGGGCGGGCGGGGGGGGUGAUCUUCCCCCCGCCCCCCGGCAGCGGCCGAGGGACCCUCAGCGCAGCCCCGGCCGGAGCGUGAGGCGGUAGGGGAGGGGGGGGAGGGAGGGCUGCCGGAGCGGCGGCCGCGGAGCAGCGUCCCCCGCUGAGGGGGGGGGAGGAGGAGAAGCCGCCCCCGCUCCAUGAGCGGCGCUCGCCCGUCUCGCUCUGCCCAGGGGAUCCGCGGCCGUGGCCGGCUGCCGCCGCAGCAGCAUGUGGAGUCCGACCGAGGAGGAGAAAUACGGCGUGGUGAUAUGCAGCUUCCGAGGAGCUGUACCGCAAGGCUUGGUCCUGGAACUAGGUGAAACUGUCCAGAUCCUAGAGAAAUGUGAAGGCUGGUACAGAGGUGUUUCCAUUAAGAAGCCCAAUGUAAAGGGGAUUUUUCCUGCAAACUAUAUUCACUUGAAAAAGGCAAUUGUCAGUAACAGAGGGCAAUAUGAAACAGUUGUUCCACUUGAAGAUUCUGUUGUGACUGAAGUCACAGCAACACUGCAGGAAUGGGCUGUGCUCUGGAAACAGCUGUAUGUGAAACAUAAGGUAGAUCUUUUCUACAAACUGCGGCAUGUGAUGAAUGAACUCAUUGACCUACGUAGACAGCUGCUGUCAGGUCACUUGACACAGGAUCAGGUGCGAGAGGUCAAGAGACACCUCACAGUGAGGCUGGACUGGGGCAAUGAACAUUUGGGCCUAGAUUUAGUUCCUCGGAAGGACUUUGAGGUUGUGGAUUCAGAUCAGAUCAGUGUUUCAGAUCUCUAUAAAAUGCAUUUGUCAAGUAGACACAGUGUCCAGCAGAGCACAUCACAGGUGGAUACAAUUCGUCAGCGUCAUGGGGAAGCUUGCCGUAUGCCAGUGCCUCACCACUUCUUCCUCAGUUUAAAGAGCUUCACCUACAAUACAAUUGGAGAAGACACAGAUGUCUUUUUUUCUUUGUACGAUGUUCGAGAAGGCAAGCAGAUCAGUGAGAGGUUUAUGGUGAGGUUAAACAAGAACGGAGGCCCCAGGAAUCCAGAGAAGAUAGAUCGAAUGUGUGCACUUUUCACAGAUCUCAGCAGCAAGGACAUGAAGAGAGAUUUGUACAUAGUUGCCCAUGUAAUUCGAAUAGGCCGCAUGUUGCUAAAUGAUUCAAAAAAAGGACCCCCUCAUUUACACUAUCGUCGCCCCUAUGGCUGUGCAGUAUUGAGCAUCAUGGAUGUACUUCAGUCAAUCUCUGAAAUAAAAGAAGAGAAGGAUUUUGUUCUCAAAGUUUACACGUGUAACAAUGAAAAUGAAUGGUGCCAGAUCCAUGAAAAUAUUAUACGCAAGUCCAGCACCAAAUACACAGCGCCCAGCUCAAACUAUGGACUUAUAAUAUCUCUUCAGCUUCUUCGUGGCGACAUGGAGCAGAUUCGAAGGGAAAACCCCAUGAUCUUUAACAGAGGUGUUUCUGUUACCAGAAAGCUGGGUUUUCCUGAUGUUAUAAUGCCAGAGAUGAAGAUAGUUGGGUGUGAUAUACGCAAUGACUUAUACCUGACAUUAGAAAAGGGAGACUUUGAAAGAGGUGGGAAAAGUGUGCAGAAAAACAUUGAAGUGACCAUGUAUGUGCUUUAUGCAGAUGGAGAAAUCCUGAAGGACUGCAUCAGCCUGGGCUCAGGAGAGCCAAGCAGGAGUGCAUACCACUCUUUUGUCCUUUACCACAACAACAGCCCUCGAUGGGGGGAAAUCAUCAAGUUGCCCAUCCCUAUAGACAGGUUCCGUGGGUCUCACCUCCGGUUUGAGUUCAGACAUUGCUCCACAAAAGACAAGGGAGAAAAGAAGCUCUUUGGUUUUGCGUUCACUCCGUUGAUGAGAGAUGAUGGCACUACCUUGUCAGAUGAUAUCCAUGAGCUUUAUGUUUAUAAGUGUGAUGAGAACAGCACAUUUAACAACCACGCACUGUACCUGGGGCUGCCUUGCUGCAAAGAGGACUACAAUGGCUGCCCCAACAUCCCUUCCAGCCUCAUUUUCCAACGCAGCACCAAAGAGACCUUUUCAGUCUCCACACAGCUUUCAUCUACCAAACUGACCCAGAACGUGGAUUUACUCGCCCUACUGAAAUGGAAAGCUUACCCGGAUCGUGUGAUGGAUAUUCUAGGAAGACUGAGACAUGUCAGUGGAGAGGAAAUUGUUAAGUUCCUACAAGAUAUUCUCGACACAUUGUUUGUAGUUUUGGAUGACAACACAGAAAAGUAUGGUCUCUUGGUCUUUCAGUCUUUGGUAUUCAUCAUAAAUCUGCUGCGUGACAGCAAGUAUUUUCAUUUUCGACCUGUGAUGGACACUUACAUUCAGAAGCACUUUGCGGGAGCACUGGCUUACAAAGAACUGAUCCGAUGUUUGAAGUGGUACAUGGACCGUUCAGCUGAGCUUGUACGCCAAGACCACAUCCAGGAAGCAAUGAGAGCCUUGGAAUAUCUUUUCAAGUUCAUUGUCCAAUCUCGGAUCCUUUACUCCAGAGCUACUUGUGGAAUGGAGGAGGAACAGUUCCGCUCCAGCAUCCAAGAACUUUUCCAGUCCAUCAGAUUUGUGCUCAGCUUGGACAGCAGGAGCUCUGAGACUCUCAUCUUCACACAGGCCUCUCAGCCUGGAGGGCAGGCGAGUGGAGCUGGGACAUGUGCCCCACAAAAAUGUGGUGGUACUUCAAGGCCGUCAUUUAAUUCUGCUGCUUUGCUGAACUCCUUCCCUGCUAUCUUUGAUGAGCUGUUGCAGAUGUUCACUGUGCAGGAAGUAGCAGAGUUCGUGAGGGGUACUCUGGGCAGCAUGCCCAGUACAGUGCACAUCGGGCAAUCGAUGGAUGUUGUUAAGCUACAGUCUAUCGCACGCACUGUUGACAGCCGCCUCUUCUCUUUCUCAGAGUCCCGGCGCAUCCUGCUGCCUGUAGUUCUUCACCACAUUCACCUUCACCUGCGACAGCAGAAGGAGCUACUUAUCUGCUCUGGAAUCCUCAGUAGUAUCUUCUCCAUAAUCAAGACCAGCUCUUUGGAGGGAGAUGUCGUGGAGGAGGUUGAGAUGAUGGUGGAGAGCCUCCUGGAUGUGCUUUUACAAACUCUGCUUACAAUCAUGAGUAAAUCGCAGUCUCAGGAGGCGGUAAGAGGGCAGCGUUGCCCGCAGUGCACAGCAGAAAUCACUGGAGAAUAUGUCUCCUGCCUUUUAUCUUUGCUUCGUCAGAUGUCAGACACUCAUUUCCAGCACUUACUGGACAACUUCCAAAGCAAGGAUGAACUGAAGGAGUUCCUCCUGAAGAUUUUCUGUGUAUUUCGGAACCUGAUGAAAAUGAGUGUCUUUCCUCGAGACUGGAUGGUGAUGAGGUUGCUCACCAGCAACAUCAUCGUUACAACAGUUCAGUACCUGUCUUCUGCACUGCAUAAGAAUUUCACGGAAACGGACUUUGAUUUUAAAGUGUGGAACUCUUAUUUCAGCCUGGCAGUUUUGUUUAUAAACCAGCCAAGUCUCCAACUAGAAAAUGCCACACCAGCUAAGAGGAAGAAGAUCCUGGAUAAAUACGGCGAUAUGAGAGUGAUGAUGGCAUAUGAGCUCUUCAGCAUGUGGCAGAACCUGGGUGAGCAUAAGAUUCACUUCAUUCCGGGAAUGAUUGGCCCUUUUCUUGGUGUUACACUUGUUCCACAACCAGAAGUCCGGAAUAUCAUGAUCCCUAUCUUCCAUGACAUGAUGGACUGGGAGCAGAGAAAGAAUGGCAACUUCAAACAGGUGGAAGCUGAGUUGAUCGAUAAGCUGGACAGCCUGGUAUCGGAAGGAAAAGGUGACGAGAACUACAGGGAACUCUUCAGCCUGCUAACCCAGCUCUUUGGGCCUUAUCCCAGUUUGCUGGAGAAGAUUGAGCAGGAAACAUGGCGGGAGACUGGAAUCUCUUUCGUUACAUCAGUUACUCGUCUCAUGGAGCGUCUGCUUGACUACAGGGACUGUAUGAAAGGAGACGAAACAGAAAACAAGAAAAUUGGCUGCACCGUUAACCUUAUGAAUUUCUAUAAAUCUGAAAUUAACAAGGAAGAGAUGUACAUCCGCUAUAUCCACAAGCUGUGUGACAUGCACUUACAGGCUGAGAACUAUACAGAGGCUGCAUUUACUUUGCUUUUGUACUGUGAGUUGCUUCAGUGGGAGGACAGACCUCUGAGAGAGUUCCUGCAUUAUCCGUCUCAGUCAGAGUGGCAACGUAAGGAAGGUCUGUGCCGUAAGAUUAUCCAUUACUUCAACAAAGGGAAGAGCUGGGAGUUUGGAAUCCCGCUGUGCAGAGAACUGGCCAUACAGUAUGAAAGUCUCUAUGAUUAUCAGAGCCUCAGCUGGAUUCGGAAAAUGGAAGCUACCUACUAUGAUAAUAUCAUGGAACAGCAACGCUUAGAACCUGAGUUUUUCAGAGUUGGUUUUUAUGGUCGGAAAUUCCCAUUUUUCCUACGGAACAAAGAAUAUGUAUGUCGGGGCCAUGACUAUGAGAGGCUGGAAGCCUUCCAGCAGAGGAUGCUGAGCGAGUUCCCACAAGCCAUUGCAAUGCAGCAUCCAAACCACCCGGAUGACUCUAUAUUGCAGUGUGAUGCCCAGUAUUUACAGAUCUAUGCAGUGACUCCCAUCCCAGACAAUAUAGAUGUGCUGCAAAUGGACCGUGUCCCUGAUCGCAUAAAGAGCUUUUACCGAGUCAACAACAUCCGGAAAUUCCGUUAUGACAGGCCCUUCCACAAAGGCCCAAAGGACAAGGAGAAUGAAUUUAAGAGCUUGUGGAUUGAACGCACCACUCUGACCUUGACUCACAGUUUGCCUGGGAUCUCUCGUUGGUUUGAAGUGGAGAGAAGAGAACUGGUUGAAGUCAGUCCUUUGGAAAAUGCCAUUCAAGUGGUUGAGAACAAAAACCAGGAGCUGAGAACACUGAUAAGCCAGUACCAGCAUAAACAAAUGCAUGGUAACAUUAAUCUUCUCAGCAUGUGUCUGAAUGGAGUGAUUGAUGCAGCUGUUAAUGGGGGAAUUGCACGAUACCAGGAGGCCUUUUUUGAUAAAGAUUAUAUCACAAAGCACCCUGGAGACGCAGAGAAGAUCACACAGCUCAAGGAACUCAUGCAGGAACAGGUGCAUGUCUUAGGAGUGGGCCUGGCAGUCCAUGAGAAAUUUGUACACCCAGAAAUGCGCCCCCUACAUAAGAAACUGAUAGACCAGUUCCAGAUGAUGCGAUCCAGUCUGUACCAUGAGUUACCUGGUUUGGAUAAGCUGAGUCCAGCCUGUUCUGGCACCAGCACCCCACGCAGCAACGUCCUGGUUUCACAUGGACCUAUGAGCCCAGAGAGCAUAAAGCUGGUGCAUCGACACAGCCCACUGAACCUGCUUGGUUCAGUCCGACACUCGUCAUCCUCUCUGUCAUCCCACACCUCCAGUGAAACAGGAAACCUGGUUAUCCUAACAGACAGUUCUGUGGGGGAGACUGCUGAGGAUAUGUACCACAUGCAGGCUAGCCCUUCCACUUCAAGCCUGAGCUCUACUCACUCGGCACCAUCCCAGAUGAUUAACUCUGCCCCUUCCAGUGCUCGAGUGCUGGUGAAAGGUGCUGGAUUGACAACACUGGAGGCUGAAGCCCUCUAUUUAUCCACAGAACAGAUACAGCAUGGGCGGCAGCCGUGCAAGCUUCCCCACGCUGCCCCCACCAAUGUGCCUCAUCUCUGUCCUGGAGGGACCACCUCUAGAGGCUCUCCCUCUCUACCAGAUAAGUACCGCCACUCUCGGGAGAUGAUGAUGUUGCUGCCAACCCACCGGGACCGACCCAGCAGCGCCAUGUAUCCCGCAGCUAUCAUGGAAAAUGGACAGCCUCCAAAUUUCCAGCGCGCCUUGAUCCAGCAAAUGAUUGGACCGUGCAAACCUUGCAGUGAUCCCAACCUGUCUGUGGCUGAGAAAGCUGUGCCAGCAGCGCCCAGUAGCUGGAGCCUAGACAGCGGAACCCGAGAGGCCCUGCCAUUCCUGUCUGCCCACGCUGGGAGCAUCUUGGCCCCACCAGUGCCUCCCCGAAGCCUCCCCCAUGGACACUACUCACUGCACUUUGAUGCCUUCCAUCACCAGCUCAGUGACGCUCCUCCGGCACUGCCUGCACGAACGUUGCGCAAGUCUCCUCUUCAUCCUAUCCCUGCAUCACCCACCAGUCCACAGUCUGGUCUAGAUGGAAGUAACUCCACUUUAUCCGGCAGUGCCAGCAGUGGUGUCUCAUCCUUGAGCGAGAGCAAUUUUGGACAUUCUUCAGAACCACCUCCUCGCACAGACACCAUGGAUUCUGUCCCCAGCCAGGCCUGGAACACUGAUGAAGAUCUGGAGACACCCUACCUCCCUGUCAGGUACAGUCUCUCUGAGCCUGAUGUCCUAGAGUCGCUCAAAUCCCAGCCAUGCCGAAGCCACUCUGCUCCAUCUGGAGUCAUUCCUCAGGACACCAUGGACCCUCCUGCUCUACCCCCCAAACCUUACCACUCCCGGCUGCCGAACAUGGAGAAUGAGGAGGGGAUGAUAAUUGAAGAUGACGACAAACACCGCCCGUUGCAUCGUAAAGUGUCCCAACCAGUGAGUGGUGCAAAGGAAGAGCAGGCCAGGGUAGCAUGGGAGCAUGGCAUCAGCGAGCAGUAGGGACAACUCCUGGUAAGCAGCUUGCAUCGUCAUUCCAGGUCUGACUACAAAGGAGAGAGAUGAGGACUCGGAGAACAGCAAACCAAUUUUCUACUGCCGCAAGUUUAUGUCUGGAGCCCACAAAAGCAAUUGGGCCAGCAUGGGAGGUUGCUGCUUUCCUUUUUAAUUUCUUUUUACACCUUUCCGUUACGUUUUUUAACUUUCUGUGCAGUGGACAGUUUAUUCCUUCUGCAGUUUCUUAACCACAUCAUAUGGCACACAAGCCAUAGAGACUUGCAGAAGCUGAAAAAUACAAUUUUAAGUGGAAGGGGGAGAAAGGGGGGAUAUGUGGCAAGUUGAUUUUGAAACUGCUUUCCUCCCAGUUCUGAGACGCACAUGAGUAGAAGCAGUUGCACUAGGGACCUAUUUCUUUGCUGUACAGAAGUGAAAGCUCAUUGCUGAAAUCAGGGAUUCUAUGAACUGUCAGGCUGGAAGGUGCAUGAGCUGCAGGCAGUGGAAAGAUGGCAAUUCUAAGAAGAAAUUGGCUCUCAUGAGAGCAGGAUUGUACAUACCUGUGCAGUGAUCUCCCUGCAUUGGUUCAUAGGUGCUGAGGCAAUUUAACCAGUGCUGAUGCACUGAUUUCCAAGAUAUCAUUUCCAACAAACUCUGCCUCCUUUGUUUUUUAUGUACUGUUUGAUUUCUUAAAUUUUGCUUUCACUGGCUAAACCAACCUGCUUUCUCAUUGGAUUCAUAUGCUAUUCAUCUGUGCUACAGAAUGAGAGGAGGUUAGUAGCCAUUGGAGCUACAACCUAAUUGCAGGCCUUUCCCAUGCCCAACUUUGGGCAGGCUGUUGACACCAGCAUUUCUAUUCCAGUUUAAAAGAAGAAAAAAAAAACAAACACAACCAAAUUGAGUUUCUCAUGCCACAGCUGGUUGAUGACCCAGCCAGUAAAGAAAAGGUGACUUAAAUGCAUCAUAUCCAACACUCCUUGCCUCAGGGCUGAACAUCACAAUCCUCACCGACUUCCAUCACCCAGGAGCUGAGAUUCAUUCGCCAUUAACAUAAUGUCCUCAGUCCCUCCCAAAAACUCACUGUAGCUGGUGUGCAGAAAGAAUCUCCAUUUCUCACAGUAGACAGAAAACAUGAAGAUUCAAGAAAUGCCCAGUCUAUAGUGUACAUCAUAGAGUCAGGGAUCUUAAAGGCAACCUGUAAAGAAGAAAUGUUUGUUUCCUCUUUUGCUUCUUUAGGAUGUACAAAGCAGCUUUAAGAGCUUCUUCUCUCUUCUGGAAGGUUCAUUUCUUUUCUUUUCACCUCAGGCAGAAAUACAUCCUUUUUCCCCCAGUCACCUUCUUUUAUUGACAGGCUCCAGAAAGAGCUGGAGAACAUUUAAAAAAAAAAAAAAAAACAAAAACAAACAAACAAAAAAACACCAACACAGAACCAAGAAUUGAAACUAUGCAGAGGUGAAGACAGUACAAGUCUAUGAACACAAGCCUUUUAAUCAGUAUUUGCUUAGUUCAGUACAUGACAAACCAGGAAAAAAUUCUGUGGGUAAUAGAGCCAAGAUCAUCUGUUCUUUGAAAAGAACACCAAGAAAUCUUUUAUUCCUAUUUUCAUAUUUUUCAAGAAACUUUCAAUCAUGAGAGUAUCAAAUAUUUGACUUUUAUUCCUAUUUUCAUAUUUUUCAAGAAACUUUCAAUCAUGAGAGUAUCAAAUAUUUGAAGUGCUUAGAUAAACAAGCAAUGUUGCUUCCCCCUACCAUGCCCACACACAUUUUAGCCUGCCUUCUAGCCCUUUCCACCUGCAGAUUGCAAAGCACACCCCAGAGGAUGGCAACAGACCACCCUCUGUCCUACCACUGACAAAUCUGAAGCACAUUCAAAUAAAAGACUUACCUCCACCAUAUAAAUUAGUGUCAGAAACAGGAACAGCACUCAAUUUUCACAUCGAAUUCUUGCCCUAACCACUGAAUUUCUCAUGCCACAAACAGCAUAAAGAAGCAAAAAAGGAUAUUAUAAACCUUUUACAGGUCACCUUUAGCACUACCUCUAAAUGCAGUGACUGGGCAGAGUACAUUGCUUCUGAACUCUCCUAAAGGUGGUCUGUCUGUACGAAGUCUGGACUCAACAGAUGUAUGAAGGGGAUUUUAAGAGGAUUUGUUUCUUUUCUUUCUCAAGCUCUAGCCCAUGCGAAACUAUUAGGUUACGGAUUUGUUUCUUAAAUGGCCUAUUUGGCUGGAACAAAGUCUCUCUUGCUUCCUCUAUUUUGUUACUAACACAGGCUGCUUGUAAUCAUUAUAACCUUCACAAUUAAGUCAAUGAUAACAAAACUGGCCUAUAGUGGUCAUUUCAUCUCUAGCAGGAAGGAGAGUUUUCCAGUGCUGGGACAGUCCUAACUGUUAAUGAAUCAAGCCAAAUCUCUGGUAUAGAACACAUGUAUGAAAACUCAACUCAAAAUUAUGUUUUCAGUAAAGGUAAGUCAAGGUAAUUCCUUAGAAAUAAGUUGAAAUAUUUUCAUAUAUGCUAUUCUCCAAUCUGACUGAGAUUCUUCAAGUAGUUCUUAAAAGCUCUAAGUAUUCAAUUCCAUCUCCUCUGCCCCAUUUUUGCAUUGGGUUUUUUUUUUGGCAGGAAGAUUAAAAGAGCUUCCUUAUUGCAAAGAAUCAGCAUAUCUUGCAAAUAAAACUGCAAAACCAAGAAUACAACUAAAAGGAACUAAGUCCCAGUCAGCUGGAAAACCUGCCCACUGGAGCUCUAAUCAGUCUCUCAAAACAUAUCAUCCUGCUCUGAUUAGAGACACUGUACAACAGCAGCGAGUCCAUUUUGGGAGUCUGACAUUACUACGUAUUUGUAAUGGUUUGAAGAUCCAUCGGGUGAUGUAUACAAAUACCUAGUUUAUAGCAGGUCCACACAGAGAAGGACAGAAUAAAUUGCUGAAUUUACCAAAUUUAAGCCUCUCUCGAGUUAAAUUUCUGUUACUGUUCUGGUAUCUACCAAGGAUUCUGUCUCCCUUUUCAGUGCUUGCCUUAAAGGGGGCAGAAGAUAGAAAGACUGUUAUUAAGAUUUUGUGAAUGUUGGAACUAACACUUCUUGGAACUAAUACUUCUCUGUAGGGUGAGGUGUCUUAUAGCAUAGUACAACUCCAACAUCAAGCUCAGUCCUGGAGUAGGUGGAAGCAACAGCAGUUGUUGCACUUGCCCAGCAGGAUUUGAAGAUUCCUUGUAUAAACCACAGCAACAGGAUGUUUUGAACAGGACCUUGUCAUUCUAUACUUAACUGUAAUUCAAACUUAAUAUGAACUUGCCUUCAUUGGGUUUUCUUUGCAUAACAAAAUAGCAUGUGCAUUCCUGAGAAAAUUGGUGGAAUUCUGCUACAAAUCUCUCCAUCAUCAGUGUACCUGCUGGCCCCAUCUGAAACAAAAUUGAGAAGGAACCACAGUAGUAGAAGAAAAGCAAUUAAAACAAUUUCUCAAUCCUACAAUAUUAUUUUUCCAAUGGUUGGGUUGGUUUUAUUACUGUGUGCAAGACUAAGAUUCUUUUCUGUCUUUUCUUCUGGUUUUUAGCUUACCUUUUUUUAGGUAGGGGAUAUUGCAUAUCCCUUCUGGGGGAGAAUCAGCCAAACUGGGGAGGCUGGAGAGAACAAGAGCCUUUGGGAAACAAAUUAUGUGAUAUUUAAAAUUUCCUCUGAUCAUGCUUCUUUGUAAAUACCCCCAUUUGAAUGCUGUGUAUUUGUACAGGAAAUUGAGCAAAAAAUGUAUAGAUUGUGAUGUCUGACUGGUAUUCUGCCCUGUAAAUGUGUUUUUAACCUCUGGCAUUCUGUGCUUAUUUAAAACAGGCAAAAACCUCUAACCACUUCUCUUUUGUGUAUUCAUGUUUAAAAUAAAAUGAAAACAGCUAUCUUAUCUAUAAUGGAAAUCAAAUUUAAAAGGAAAAAAAUAAUUUGUACAAGUGUCCUAAAGGUACUUCAUUGUAUAUAUUGUGAUAGCAUGUUUCCAGAACCAACAAAUAAGUGGUGUGAAUUUUAGAUGUAAAUAUCUGCCGUUUGUUUUGGGUUUCUUUCCCUCACCCAUUCACUCGACUGCUGUGAUGUGGAAUUAAAGAUUAAUACCUGAUAUUAAAA